CCUCAUUCGCUGCUGCGUGUGUUUCUUGUGUGAUUUUUUUUUUCCUAGCCCGUUCUUCACUCACACUCUCGCUCAGCAGAGAUUCAGAGGUCGGGAGCAGAGAUUCUCACAGGGACAAGGGGUGGAAAACAGAAAACUGCUUUUCCCUUCUGCCACCACAUAGGAGACACAAACAAGAGGAAAAGACAUCAACAACAACAACAACAACAAAAAGAUGGAGAGGACACAGGGAGACGGAGAGGUGGACCACCUGGAGCGGCCAAGCCCGCUGACUGACAAGGAGAGGGUGAUGAUCCAGGCCUCCUGGGGAAAAGUCUACCAGAACUGUGAUGAUGUCGGGGUGGCCAUACUAGUCAGAUUCUUUGUCAACUUCCCCUCCUCCAAGCAGUUUUUCAACCAGUUCAAGCACAUUGAGGACGCGGAGGAGCUGGAGAAGAGCGCCCAGCUCAGGAAGCAUGCUCGGAGAGUUAUGAAUGCCAUCAAUACACUGGUGGAAAACCUUGACAACUCAGAUAAGGUGGCGUCGGUGCUGAAGCUAGUGGCCAAGGCCCAUGCACUCCAACACAAGGUGGAGCCUGUGUACUUCAAGAUUCUGAGCGGUGUAAUCCUAGAAGUCCUGGGAGAAGAAUUUCCAGAGGUCAUCACACCUGAGGUGGGCGCAGCAUGGACAAACCUCUUGGCCACGGUUUACUGCAGUAUCUCUGCCAUCUACAAGGAACUGGGCUGGGAAAAGCUCUCAACCUCGACUGGUUGAACGUUUUAAACUUGGACUACCCAUAUGGAAAAGAAGUAGUAAAAUUUUCUUAGAAAUAUACUCUCUAAUAGUAAAAGUUAGUUUUAUAUACAUACAUAUCGUAAUACUAUGAUUUACUCAUGAUUGUGUCCAUUUUCUGUUUUUCUGGUGUCGUAGUUUGAAUGUUUUUUAAUGUUGCAUGAGAAAAAUGUGAAAUGGCCACUUUCAUAUGUAAAUUGAUGGUAUAAAAUAUAAGCCUUGAGAAUUACACAUAUAAAACAAACAUUUACUCAUUUUUUGUUUGGGUUUUUUUAAUUUUCUAUUUCUUUUCCACAUAGGCAGGCAUGCGGGGAAACCUUCUGAUUUCCAGGCUUCAUAGGACAUUAAUCAGUUGACUCUAAUGUGAGAUACAGCUUGAUGUAAUCUAAGAUCAUCAUGGGACGUCCACUCUUACGUGUGGUUAGUAAAGUGGGUUUCUAGUGUGUAUUAAAGAGGGAGAGACAGAAAGAAAGAGAGGGAGAGAGGGAAGAAUAAAAAAAAUCAGCUCACCUUCUUACAUUUGUACUCUUGUAAAAAGCUAAACCAUUAAAAGGAGAGAGAGCAAAGAGGAAGAAAAUGCAAACAUAGACCCACCAGUGGACUAGAGGUCACAUUUGACUUGGAUGUGCCUUCUGCUGAAUGUGUAUAUCUCGAAACAGAAAUGUAAACAGCAUUCUUUCUAAACAGUAUGAUGUCUUUCAGAUGUUUAAUCUUAUCAGUCUGUAUCCACUUGUAGCCACUUUAUUAGCUCUUAAGUAUACGAGACGUUUUUACAUUUUUACAUUUAAAUGUGGCGAUUGUACAUUUUUCAUCAUGGCUCACGUUUGUAUCUGUAAUUGAUUCAAUUUUCAAAUAAAAAGAAAAGCCUCUGUUUA